GCCAAACUCUACCAACAGUUUCUUCGCUUAUGGGCGUGCAAACGCAGCCUCGUUUGCCUGAAACUCUACAAGGGUUUGUUUAUCUUCUUGUCUUUUUUCCCUCUGCAAUUUAGUCUUGUUACACAGAGCGGUGAUGAAUCGGAGCUCGGCUUCAGUUUUCCCGACACAUGGCUCCCAGCAACCUUACGGACCAACAACUGUUUGCUCUUGCCAUGAGCCGACAGGCCCAGAGCCUGAUUCAUUUUUUCCCUCCUUCAUCGCGCCCCUCACUUCUCUCUUCGCGUCAAAGGGGCGCGCCUAUAUCUUCGAGACAUUUCCCCACCGUUGCCGCCGACUCCUCUCGACCUACAACACGAAUUUCGCACCAUACAUGCCAUGAAUGCAAACCACGGCGAGGCACCAGCCUCUUACGAUGACAUUGGGGUCGGUGACGCAAAUCCAGAGGUGCAAAAAUGCGUCAAUCGGAUCUACAAGGCAUCUGGGAAAUAUCCCUGGGACUGGCUGCCACGCGAUUACGUUCCCAAGGUCGCCGCUUGGGGGACCAACUCCGCGCUGAACCUUGCCCUUGCCGUUGAAGCUGUUCACGCCCAUGGAUCAACGGUUACCAUGGACGAAUUGCGCGAUUUCCUGGUACGAAAGGCCAAGGAGCGCCAGGAAUUGAGCAAGAAUGGCAAGCCAGUCAAACCUACCAUGAACUCGGAUUGCGUGAAGGCUAGAAAGUGGAUUGAAGACAACAUGGUCAACUCACAAAGCACAUCGAAACAUAACAAGCUCAAACGGUCGGGUCGUGAUGCUGCCUUUAGGCAAGCGAGGCCGAAAACAUGGCGCACGCUCACUAUAGCUUACAAGAAGCAGCCCCAGGACAAGCUUGACGACGAUGAUGAAGACGAAACAUUCCCAGAAUUUCCCUACGAUAGAGAAAUGAGUGUUCUCAGCGAUAUCAGCAACGUAAGCAGUGCAAUCGGUCCAUCCGAUCGUUGCCAGCCUUCCCUUCCUCCACCGCCCGAUCGGACUUCGACUCAUAAGCGGAACAUGCCUCCUCCACCCUCGCCACUCCCCGAGAAACGCUUGCGACAGGUCGAACAAUUCGUAUCGAGCAAUAUCGAUGACUUCAAGGAAGCAUCCAGGACAUUCAACCCCGAGGAAGAAGCUUGUCUCAAUCAAGGUGAAUCCGUUCAGCUCUACGGUUUCAAUAAAGUCCUACGCGCAAUAUGCGAAAGGAUUGAAGAUGCUGAAUUCCGGAGCAGCAUAUACGGGCAGGAGGUUCAUAACACCCGACGCAACUUAGCUUCAAUCAACAUGGGAGAAGUCAGGCACGUUCUCCAAAAGGCCACGAGAGACCGAGACGAAAAACGAGAGGAACUCAGGCAGUUACAGGAAGAAUUAAAUAGCUUUACCACGAUGAUCGACAACCAGGGGGGGAAGUGUUCAGAGACGCUGCGUGCCAUGUAUGACGGCUUUAUCCGGAACUGUGAAAACGCGAAAAAGAAGCUUGAAAAUGUUGAAGACACUUUGAAAGCAAUGGAAGAAGAAAUCCAGAAGAACCGCCGGCAAUACCAAGAUGGACAAGAUAAGAUCGCGUCUUUAGAGAAGGACAUUGCCAAAGAAGAAGAGGUCAUCAAGUGGGAGACAAGGAAAAAGAUAACACUCGAGACGCUCCGAUGUUAUGUGGAGAUGAGGGAGAAACUUAUGUCUGCUUCCGACGAAGUGUUGCGCGCAGAGCGCGAUGCAGCCGUGAAAAAGCUCGAGAGUCUCUCGUAGCACGAAUUUGGUUGCUACAGAACCUGGCGAGGUCCGGAGUAUCGGUUCGAGCAUUGUUACUGUUUGGUUGUAACAGCAACUGAGGAAGUCUGGAGUUUGUUCAAGCAUUAUUAUUGGGUUCAUGUUCUUCUUUCGAGAGCGAUUACAUUGUCAAAGGCUUUAUGUGGCGAAUGGUUGGUAAUGACAAAGGGACUUGGUAGCUCAUUUUGAGAUGGCGAAUAACUUGAAUUAUAGCUAGAAUCAAGUGCAAACGUGGGUAUCGACUUGAUAAUAACAAGGAAACAUCAAACCCUUGCCUUCCUGAGGCCUUCUUGUCUCACCACCUGUCCUAGAUGGUUGGUCGUGAGACCUGAGUUCUUCAUGGAGGGACAAUAACCUCGAAUCCAUCUUGGAUAACCUCUCCUCCAAAAUUCUCUCGAUAACCCGCUCCUCAAACACCGCAACAUCAUCAAAAGAGUCAGAUUCUUCCUCA